GCGCCGCCCCGAAGUUUGUUGUGACUGGCGGAGGACGCCGGUGGUGGCGGCAGCGGCGGCGGCGGCGGCGGCGGCGGGGAGCACCGGGCCGCGGUGCCACCAUGGCGGUGCGACAGGCGCUGGGCCGCGGCCUGCAGCUGGGUCGAGCGCUGCUGCUGCGCUUCACGGGCAAGCCGGGCCGGACCUACGGCUUGGGACGGCCGGGCCCGGCGGCGGGCUGUGUCCGCGGGGAGCGUCCGGGCUGGGCCGCAGGACCGGGCGCGGAGCCUCGCAGGGUCGGGCUCGGGCUCCCCAACCGUCUCCGCUUCUUCCGCCAGUCGGUGGCCGGGCUGGCGGCGCGGUUGCAGCGGCAGUUCGUGGUGCGGGCCUGGGGCUGCGCGGGCCCUUGCGGCCGGGCAGUCUUUCUGGCCUUCGGGCUAGGGCUGGGCCUCAUCGAGGAGAAGCAGGCGGAGAGCCGGCGGGCGGUCUCGGCCUGUCAGGAGAUCCAGGCAAUUUUUACCCAGAAAAGCAAGCCGGGGCCUGACCUGUUGGACACAAGACGCUGGGAGGGUUUUCGGCUGGAGGAGUAUCUGAUAGGGCAGUCCAUUGGCAAGGGCUGCAGUGCCGCUGUGUAUGAAGCCACCAUGCCUACAUUGCCCCAGAACCUGGAGGUGACAAAGAGCACCGGGUUGCUUCCAGGGAGAGGCCCAGGUACCAGUACACCAGGAGAAGAGCAGGAGCGAGCUCCAGGGGCCCCUGCCUUCCCCUUGGCCAUCAAGAUGAUGUGGAACAUCUCGGCAGGUUCCUCCAGCGAAGCCAUCUUGAACACAAUGAGCCAGGAGCUGGUCCCAGCGAGCCGAGUGGCCUUGGCUGGGGAGUAUGGAGCAGUCACUUACAGAAAAUCCAAGAGAGGUCCCAAGCAACUAGCCCCUCACCCCAACAUUAUCCGGGUUCUCCGCGCCUUCACCUCUUCCGUGCCGCUGCUGCCAGGGGCCCUGGUCGACUACCCUGAUGUGCUGCCCCCACGCUUCCACCCUGAAGGCCUGGGCCACGGCCGGACGCUGUUCCUCGUUAUGAAGAACUAUCCCUGCACCCUGCGCCAGUACCUUCGUGUGAACACACCCAGCCCCCGCCUCGCCACCAUGAUGAUGCUGCAGCUGCUGGAAGGCGUGGACCAUCUGGUUCAACAGGGCAUCGCACACAGAGACCUGAAAUCCGACAACAUCCUUGUGGAGCUGGACCCAGAUGGCUGCCCCUGGCUGGUGAUCGCAGAUUUUGGCUGCUGCCUGGCUGAUGAGAGCAUCGGCCUGCAGUUGCCCUUCAGCAGCUGGUACGUGGAUCGGGGCGGAAACGGCUGCCUGAUGGCCCCAGAGGUGUCCACGGCCCGUCCUGGCCCCAGGGCAGUGAUUGACUACAGCAAGGCUGAUGCCUGGGCAGUGGGAGCCAUCGCCUAUGAAAUCUUCGGGCUUGUCAAUCCCUUCUACGGCCAGGACAAGGCCCACCUUGAAAGCCGCAGCUACCAAGAGGCUCAGCUACCUACACUGCCCAAGUUGGUGCCUCCAGACGUGAGACAGCUGGUGAGGGCACUGCUCCAGCGAGAGGCCAGCAAGAGACCAUCUGCCCGAGUAGCUGCAAAUGUGCUUCAUCUAAGCCUCUGGGGUGAACAUAUUCUAGCCCUGAAGAAUCUGAAGUUAGACAAGAUGGUUGGCUGGCUCCUCCAACAAUCGGCCGCCACUUUGUUGGCCAACAGGCUCACAGAGAAGUGUUGUGUGGAAACAAAAAUGAAGAUGCUCUUUCUGGCUAACCUGGAGUGUGAAACACUCUGCCAGGCAGCCCUGCUCCUCUGCUCCUGGAGGGCAGCCCUGUGAUGUCCCUGCAUGGAGCUGGUGAAUUACUAAAAGAACUUGGCAUCCUCUGUGUCGUGAUGGUCUGUGAAUGGUGAGGGUGGGAGUCAGGAGACAAGACAGCGUAGAGAGGGCUGGUUAGCCAGAAAAGGCCUCGGGCUUGGUUGGCAAAUGGAAGAAUAUGAGUCAGAGUUCACAGUCUGCAAUCCUGUGCUCACAGACAUCUGAAAAGUGAAUGGUCAAGCUGGUCUAGUAGAUGAGGCUGGACUGAGGGGUAGGCCUGCAUCCACAUAGAGGAUCCAGGCCAAGGCACUGGCUGUCAGUGGCAGAGUUUGGCUGUGGCCUUUGCCCCUAACAUGAGGAACUCUUUUGAAGGAGGCAGCGUAGCACGUCUGCAUUUGCCAACUGGACGAAGGCAGACAUCAACAUGGGUCAGCACGUUCAGUUAUGGGAGUGGGAAACGUCUGUAUGAGGCCUGGGCCUCUGCGUUCCCAAGCUGUGCGUUCUGGACCAGCUACUGAAUUAAUCUCACAUAGCGAAAGUGACUAAUGAGCAGUAAGUGUGGGGAUUUAAACUUGAGAGUUUCCCUUCUGACUAGCCUCUCUUACAGGAAUUGUGAAAUAUUAAAUGCAAAUUUACAAGUGCAGAUGACGUAUGUGCCUUGAACUGAAUAUUCGGCUUUAAGAAUGAUUCUUAUACUCUGAAGGUAAGAACAUUUUGUGGGCAGGUAUCAACAUUGGGGAAGAGAGUUCAUGUCUAACUUUAUACAUGAUUUUUAGGAAGUGUUGCCUAAAUAAAGCAACGUCAACAUGCAGUUAAGGUUCUCUUCAAC